AUGUCUCGUCGGACAUCGACCAUGGCAUCGAGCGACUCCUCCAGCGGUGGUGUCCCACCUUCAGGUGAUGGAGGCCAGCAGAAGCAAAAAAUGCUUCUUUCUUCGGACCACGGUCAUUUCAGCAUGGUGAAGGCCAUGCAUCUUGCUGAUCUGAUUACUGAAUUGAAUGUCAUGUCGGUCUUCUCGUCCAUGCGCUACUGUCUCGGAGACCCUACAGAUUACGGCGCCAUCUGGGCUGCCCUCACAUUCAUGCCUUUUGGUCUGUUCUUUGACUUUAUGGAUGGUAAAGUCGCAAGGUGGCGCGAAAAGUCCUCCCUCAUGGGACAAGAACUUGACUCGCUAGCGGACUUGAUCUCCUUCGGACUCGCUCCCGCCGCUGCCGCAUUCGCUCUUGGUAUCCGGACGUCGCUUGAUCACGUCUUCCUUACAUUCUUUGUUCUCUGCGGUCUGACCCGGCUCGCCCGGUUCAACGUGACUGUUGCCGUACUCCCGAAGGAUAAGACUGGAAAGUCCAAGUACUUUGAAGGCACACCUAUUCCGACCACUCUGUCAAUCGCCGCUCUCAUGGCAUACUGGGUCUCUAAAGGCUGGACGCACGAGAAUAUUCCUCUUGGUGUCCUCGCGGAGGGUACUAUCUUUGAGUUCCACCCCGUUGUCCUUUUGUUUGUUCUGCAUGGAUGUGCAAUGAUCAGCAAGACGAUACACAUUCCUAAGCCAUGA